AUGCUAUCAAGAGGAAGGAGUGGCACAUUAGUUGCGGUCGGGAUCGGAACAGUGACGAGCGUAGCAGGCAAACCGAUUGAUGGGCUUCCCAGAGACAAAUCUGGCAGAGAAAUAGCUGGAGAAACAUUUGGCAGAGAUGCAGAAGGAAUUGCAACUGGAAUGGAGCCAAUCGGUGGAAGAAUGGGCGCAGAUAAUACUGGGAGUGCUCCAAGUGCAGAUACGGCGGGCACCGAUAGAAUCGGACCAAGAAGAGGCACCGAAGCCAGCGGUGGAAGAAGUGGUGCAGAGAGAAUGGGAAGCGAUGCCAGCGGAGCUAGAAUGGGCAGAGAUGCCGCUGGAAUGACAGACGGUACUGAUACUGGUGAUGGUGCCGGUGCAGAUAGCGGAGGCUGGGAUGCAGCUGGGAUCGAUAGUGGAGGCAGCGAUGCUAAUGGAAGUGAUGCCACUGACAAUGGGCCAAGCGAAAGUGAUGGCGCUGCUGAAGGAACAGCAAUAAGUGUUGUAGGCAGAAGAGACACCACUGGCACAGAUAGGAGUCCUGAUGCAACAGGCGGAAUAGCAACGAGAGACGCACUCGAAGGCACCGGUGGCAGCAGCGAGCCAGCCGCUGUUGGAAUAACCGGCGCAGAGACGGUUAGAGUAAUCGCCGAAGCUGCCACUGAUGGAAUUGAGACCGGUGGGACCACAAUCGACGAGGAUGGAAGUUUCACUGAUGAAAUCACCGACGGCGGGCGGUUCAAAGGAAUCAAUGCAAUCGCUGUUGUCACGACUGCCAGAGUCCCGAUACUGUUGACCACUCCGCCAACACUUGCUGCCACCCCUGAGACUCCCUUGAGCGAACAGCGUUGCAGAGUCCUGUCAUAA